ACCACGUGAUCGACACUGUCAUGGCUGCGCCCUCGUGUCAUGCGUGGUUGUAAACAUUCGUUACAAUAUUUUGUCACUCGAAAGACCCUACAGUCAACGAAGGUAGUACUUGUAUCGCUGUUUUAACGUAUAGUUGUUGUGUUGUUGUUUGUGGGUUAUGUAGCCAGUUGACUUUGAUAUUUCUACGAGCAUUUAAUGUAUAGUUGGAGUGGCUCGGCACCUAGCUGCUAGCUUACUUCACACAUACGAUUUGAACAACUCAGUUUGAAGGAGGCAGUUUAACAUAUUGGGGGUAACCCUGUUUUAUUUGUAGAAAAAUGAUGAAAAUUAGGCCCAGAAACAAGCGUAUGUCGUCCGGACUGCUAAAGCUAAAGCCAGCCAAACGAAACAUCGACGUGCAAGGCAAAUGGAAAGCUGUCGAGCUCGAUCCCAGUAUCUUCUCCGAGGAGGGCUUGGAGGGUCUGGUAUGUUUUGAAGAGCUCACAGAUUACAGUCUGUUGGACUCUAAGAAGGCUGCAGCUAAAGCAGAAAAGGAAAUGCUAAAGGAGGAGGAGGCGAGGAAGAAGAAGAAGAAGAAGAAGAAAACGAAGAAAAGAAAAGCCAGCGAGGGAGAGGAGGGUGGUGAGAAGGUAGAUGUGGAGAGCAAAGAGGAAGAGAAAACAGCUGAACCGGCCAAGAAAAAAGCCAAGAAGAAAAAUAAGAAACUGACUGCAGAAGAAUCGGACCAACCAGAUAAGACUUCUGUAGAAGUGACACAGAAGGAUGUGGCUGCAGGUGAGGAGGGAGGGAAGGAUGAAACUCCUAAAGAAGAAGCUUCACAAGAUACGGCCAUUACUUCAGAACCUGAUGCCCAAUCAAAACCCACAAAGAAGAGCAUUAAAAAGAAGAAGAAGAAGAAAAAGAAACAGAAGCAGCAGGUAAAAAAUGAGAACAUCCCAGAGGCGCAGCCAAACCAGGAGUCUCCAUCAGAAUCUCAGCGUCUGGAAAAAGACAAGUCCACUCAAGAUAAGGUGCCAAAGCCCCCCAAAAACAAAAAGCAGAUAAAUAAUUGGACAAAUGCAGUACGUUCUGGAUCUGAUGACAAAAAUGCUGAUGUGAGUGCAUGGAAAGACCUGUUCGUCCCCCCGCCUGUGUUAAAGGCACUGAGCAGUCUUGGAUUUAGCUCACCGAGCCCUAUACAAGCCCUGGUUUUGCCUCCAGCUAUCCGGGAUCGUAUGGAUAUACUGGGAGCAGCUGAGACAGGAAGUGGGAAGACAUUGGCUUUUGGUAUUCCCAUGAUCCACGCCAUCCUGGAGUGGAGGAAAAGUUCAGAAAAGCCUCUCGAUGACGACACUGAAUCACCCACAGAGGUGCAGAGUUUGUAUUUACCAGCUGUAGAUGAGUCUACAAUAGAUGAAGAAGAAGAGCAGGACGACGUGGAGGCUGAGGGAGAAGAAGGUGAAAGCAUCACAGAGGAGGAUCAAGGUGACACGGAUGAACACGACAGUGAAGACGAACAGGAUGACAUUGAAGACGAAGAGGAUGACAUUGAAGACGAACAGGAUGACAUUGAAGACGAACAGGAUGACAUUGAAGAAAAAGAUGGUGAUGAAAGGCGGUGUGUUAAAGUCAUCGAAAAUGUAGAGUUUGGCUUUGAAACCACCGCUGAAGCAGAAGAAGCUGCUGCUGGUCGCAGGCAGCCACUGCUUGGACUGGUGCUCACUCCCACCAGGGAGCUGGCUGUUCAGGUCAAGCACCAUAUUGAUGCUAUCGCAAAAUUUACAAACAUCAAAACAGCGAUAGUGGUGGGUGGAAUGGCACAGCAGAAACAAAGAAGGAUACUAAACCACAGACCAGAGAUCGUUGUUGCCACUCCGGGACGUCUGUGGGACUUGAUCCAGGAGCGGCAUCCACAUCUGGUGAAUUUAAGACUACUCAAGUGCCUGGUCAUUGAUGAAGCAGAUCGCAUGGUGGAGAGAGGCCACUUUGCAGAGCUGGACAGUCUGCUGGAGAUGCUGAAAACCGUUCACUACAAUCCCAAGAGGCAAACUUUUGUGUUCUCUGCCACACUGACCAUGGCCUGCACCCUGCCCAAACGCGUCCUGCAGAAGAAGAAGAAGAAUCUGGACCAGAGGAACAAGCUGGAAGUUCUCAUGCAGAAAGUGGGGAUCAAGUCCAAACCCAAAAUUGUUGACCUUACUAGGAAGGAGGCAACUGUGGAGACUCUGACUGAGACCCGAAUCCAUUGUCAGAAGGAGGAGAAGGACUUUUACCUUUAUUACUUUUUGCUCCAGUAUCCUGGCCGCACCAUGGUGUUUGCCAACAGUAUAGACUGUAUCAAGAGACUGAACUCCCUGCUGGUUAUCUUGGACCGUACUCCACUGCCUCUUCAUGCCAACAUGCACCAGAAGCAACGCCUCAAAAACCUGGAAAGGUUUGCUGAGAGGGAGAGUUGUGUUCUGCUGACUACUGACGUGGCAGCUCGAGGACUGGAUAUCCCCAAUGUUCAGCAUGUUAUUCAUUACCAAGUUCCAAGGACGUCUGAGACUUACGUCCAUCGGAGUGGCAGAACAGCGAGAGCCACCAAAGAGGGGCUCAGUUUGCUGCUAAUGGGCCCAGAUGACAUGAUGAACUUCAAAAAGAUCUACAGGGCUCUUGGGAAGGAUGAGGAUCUUCCCAUGUUCCCCAUAGAGACCAAAUGCAUGGAGGCCAUAAAGGAGCGGGUAAACCUGGCCAGACGGAUAGAGAAGAUUGAGUUCCACAACAGCAGGGAGAAGCAUCACAACUCCUGGUUCAGACAAGCAGCGAAGGCCCUGGAGGUGGACCUGGAUGAUGAUCUUUUAAUCGGCGGAGCAAGGGAUGAGGAUGGUGAUAGAGAGCAGCAGAAGGUGGUAAAGGGGAUGAAGAAGCAUUUGAAGCAUCUGAUCUCCCAGCCGGUAUUCAAGAGGGGGAUUAUGACCAAGUACCCCACUCAAAUGGGAAGGCUCUCCCUGUCUAACAUGCCUCUAGCAGGGAGGGAAAGUGCCAUUACUAGGGUUUCAAUGCAGGAGGAAAAACAGAAGUUAAAGAAAGGUGUUCCACCACAGCGGAGAAAAGAACAGCAGCAGCAGUGACAUGUUAAUGGAAUGUGUAUUUGGAGAGGAUUUAUGUAAUUGUUGAUUUUUAUGUAAUGUUUUACAUAAAUUAAUUUCAAUUCAUUUAAAGUAAUAAUCCCCAAGAUUUUCAUUUAAAUAAAUGUUAAGUCAUAAUGAGGAAACACAAUGGAGAUGGAGUCUUUGGCCCACUGAUGAACGCCUGUGCAUUUGCAUUGUCUGAUGACAUUCCUGGGAAUAAUCAUGAUCCAUGGGAAGUGAGAUCCAAAAACACACCUGCAGUUAGCGCUCAUCACCAUAGACGCUGCCAAAAAGAACAUGGAGAUCUUCGAAAUUGUAACUUUAAAUACUUAAUGCACAAUGUGCAAAACAAAUUGUAUUUUGAAAUGUCGAUGAAUUGCUGUACACUGCAAGACUUUAUAAAAAUCUGUUUUCAUAAGUGUCUUAAAA